AUGCGCUUCAACUAUCUUGCCACGGAGCUUCUGCUCCAUAUAUUUCGCUCCUGCGAUACCAUAUCCGACGUUAUGAACCUCGCAGCAGCAUCCCGCCGGUUUCGCGACGUCUUUAAUCGGUCGAACAAGCUACAAAUCUUCAUCGAGGCUGCGGAAAUGGAGUUCGGCCCUGUCGAUGAUAUCGUCCAGGUAGCGACACAUAAUACAAGCCAACUAGCACAUCUUCAUCGAAUGGCACCGCUUACAGCAUCCCUCCUCAAGCAAGUUGUUGAGAUUGGCAGGGCCGCUCAGAAAUGGGAGAUAAUCUACCCUAUCAAGAAAUGGAAGCUGGACUUCGAGAACAGACGUUCGCUCAGCAACGAGGAGCGAUUCCGCCUGCGCCGCGCUAUUUAUCGACUAUGGCUGUACCACCGCGCAUUUCAUACGCGCGAGUACGAUCGAUUUAGCCGCAGCCUGCGGAAUACCGUCGCCGAGCGCGCGCAACUCCUCCACAACUGGACCACAUCGGACCUAGCUGAGAUCGAGGAUGUACGCCUGGUAAUUAACGAUAUCGUCCAAAACCAUAUUUGUCCGAGCAACGGGACUAUCCAACGAAAGUUCCGAAAACGUUACCCUGAGAGCAACCAGCAACUUACCUUCAACGUCCACCUAAACUACCCUAUGCAUAAUACCUUGACACCGUACGGAUUCUAUGACCCGAACUCCGAACCUACAGACCCUUACUUUUAUACUACCCACCCGACGACGGCCUACAAUUCAUCUGCAAAAUACCGCUCGCGCUUUCGGAAUGAUAUAUUCCAUGAACCUGGCUCGGAGGGGUGGGGAGAUGAAAUCCCACACUACUACGUCGUGCAAGACAUGAUGAAACUUGAUCCGGGCCAGGUCCUCUGGCUACGGGAACAUUGUCCGUUGAAAGAGCAGGUUGAGACUUUUGUGCUCUCCCUGGGGGACUGGUUCCGAAAUAACGGCGAGACGUUUGGAGAUACACUUGAAUGGGUGAUCAAGGAGAGAGGCGAUGAGAUGGAGGAAUUUCGAGCCGCGAUUUCAGAGCGGGAAUUAGGGAUUGCGUGGGAUUAG